GGGAAGGCGAUGGCGGCGUCCCUCACUCCUCUCCUCUCCUUCCCCACUCCCCUCUUCUGCCUCCGUCUCACCCUUUCUGUGUUAUAGAGAUGCGAUGGGGUUUGGGGGCGGCGACCCGGAGGCGCUGAUGAGGGACUUCCUCCGCGAGCUCGGAGGCUGCGCGGUGAUCGACGGCGGGCUCGCGACGGAGCUCGAGGCCAACGGCGCGGAUCUCAAUGACCCUCUCUGGAGCGCCAAAUGCCUCAUUAGCUCCCCCCACCUCAUCCGCAAGGUCCAUCUGGACUAUCUUGAAGCUGGUGCAAAUAUUAUAAUCACUUCAUCCUAUCAGGCUACCAUUCAGGGUUUUGAAUCAAGAGGCUUCUCUGCAGAAGAAAGUGAAGCCUUAUUGCAGAAAAGUGCUGAAAUUGCAUGUGAAGCACGUGAUAUAUUUUAUAAAGGGUGCUCAAAAGGAUUUGAAAAUCAUAAUGAAACUAAGAAGCACACUGUAUUGGUGGCAGCUUCUAUAGGAAGCUACGGAGCAUAUCUAGCAGAUGGUUCUGAGUAUAGUGGGGAAUAUAGCAAAGAAAUGACCCUGGAAAAGUUGAAGAAUUUUCACAGGAGAAGAGUUGAAGUCCUUGCAGAAUCUGGUGCUGAUUUAAUUGCUUUUGAAACAAUUCCUAAUAAAUUGGAAGCUCAGGCAUAUGCUGAACUUCUUGAGGAAAAUAAUACAAGGACUCCAGCUUGGUUUUCUUUUAAUUCAAAAGACGGCGUUAAUGUGGUCAGCGGAGAUUCAUUGAUUGAAUGUGCCUCUCUUGCUGAUUCAUGCAAGAAGGUUGUUGCCAUUGGAAUAAACUGCACCCCCCCAAGAUUCAUCCAGGGAUUAAUUCUCUCAAUUAGGAAGGUGACGAAGAAACCAAUUCUGAUAUAUCCAAACAGUGGAGAGAGAUAUGAUGCUGAAAAGAAGGAAUGGGUGACAUCCACCGGUGUUACGGAUGAGGACUUUGUCUCUUAUGUAAGGGUAUGGUGUGAAGCUGGAGCCUGCCUCAUUGGCGGCUGUUGCAGGACUACUCCAAAUACUAUAAGAGGCAUUUCAAAGGUUCUUCAGAAGUAAUUCGUUUCUAGUGAGUCAAAACCAUAAGACUUUUGUAGAACUCUAUGGCAACGUAAGUAAGAUCUAUCUAUCUAAUAGUGAGUGGUCUAAUGCUGAGCUCUGCCUAUAAUCCUUUAUUGAUGUUAAAAGUUUUCUGAUAGUGGAUUUCUAUCUGCAUUUUGAAGAAUUUUGUUGAA